AUGCCGGCAGAUCUCGCAGAUGCGCCGGAUGGGAAGAAAGACGCGACGUUUUGGGUCUACGAGGAUAUCGAGCUGCUUCCUACGGGCGCAGUGAUGACCUCGGCGCGUAAAGCUACGUUUGAUGAACGCUGGCCUUAUGCGGGGCGCCGUGGCGGUUGGCGCCCGACGAGUAACAAGCUUUCGGAAGCUGGAUUUCAUUAUACCCCCUCAUCGGAGGAUGACGAUGACUGUACUUGUAUAUACUGUGGGGUCGAGCUUGGCGGCUGGGAGCGAACCGACGACCCUGUGCAUGAGCACAGGCGCAGGCGGCCAGAGUGUCCAUUUUUUUUAUGUAUCCUUGCAGAAGGGAUGUGCAUGGAAACUGCGCAAUCGAGGAAACGGUCGGCGAGCGUGGCGACGGAAGAAGAAGACGAGGAGUACGUGGAGCCGAAACGCACACAACCGAAGCGCGGGACUCGAACAGGCAGUGCACAGAAAGCCACGUUCACCGCGUUGUCACCAGACGAUGAGCUCACGCGAGCGGCGCGCGAUGCGCAAACUAAACCGCAAGACCGGCGUGCAUCAGCGACAAACCCAUGGGAGAGCGUAGAUGGCUCUAGGAUAGACGCGGACGUCGAGGCGGACUUAUCCAUUGAUGUUACAGAGACGUUUAUUGAGGAAGACGCCACGCACACAUCAUUAGUUGAGGAGACACUGCCCACCAAAGAACCGCAAACCUCUGAAGCACAAACCGUAUCACCGAAGCGCGCUUCGCUUGCACAGCGCCGCUCCUUUGCGCGCGUAUCUCACCCUCGCAGCUCUCUUGCGGUCGAGGAAAAACAAAUGUCUACUGAGGCGACUACUGAGUCGAGCGCAGAGGAAGACGACCUUGAGGUGGAGAGCAUUAUCCACAGCGAGAAGAGCGAGCCGACACCAAAGACUGCGCAGCUUCCAUCCGUUGCCGACUUUCUUCCUCUCCCAUUCCCUCAUUUGCUAAGCACAGACAGGCCGCCACCACCUGUGGCAGAUCCCAGCAAGAUUACUGUCAUGGAGUGGGCUGUGCAGCAGCAAACCUAUCUACUCGACAUUAUGCGCGAGCGGAUCGAAGCGCGUCUAAGCACGGUGCAUAAGCGGAAUCUAGAGGAACGCAGGAAAUUGGAGAAGAAGCUGCGCGCCUAA